CCACUAAAACCCUAACAAACCCCUCACCCCUCGUCGCCGAAACCCUUCCUCGCCCCCGCCCCCGCCCCCAAACACCCAUCGCCAUGCGGCCACCGAGAGGCGGCGGAGGUUUCCGCGGACGCGGCGGCGACCGAGGUGGCCGCUUCGGUGGAGGCGGCCGCGGCGGCGGCGGUAGGGGCCGCUUCGGUGGAGGCGGCGGCGGGUUCCGCGACGAGGGCCCUCCAGCCGAGGUCGUCGAGGUGUCGACGUUCCUGCACGCCUGCGAGGGGGACGCGGUAACGAAGCUGACGAACGAGAAAGUGCCCUACUUCAACGCGCCCAUAUACCUCCAGAACAAGACCCAGAUCGGCAAAGUCGACGAGAUCUUCGGCCCCAUCAACGAAUCAUAUUUCUCGGUCAAGAUGUUCGAGGGAGUCAUUGCAACAUCUUACAACGAAGGUGACAAGUUCUUCAUUGACCCCAUGAAGCUGCUGCCCCUCUCACGCUUCCUGCCGCAGCCAAAGGGCUCGACUCCAAGAGGUGGUGGUCGCGGUGGAAGAGGUGGUGGUCGCGGUGGAUUUGGUGGCCGUGGUGGAUUCCGUGGAAGAGGUGCACCAAGGGGUCGUGGACCUCCCAGGGGUGGAGGGCGUGGUUUCAGAGGACGAGGCAGAUUCUAGGAUGUAGUUUUUAGUUUGCUGUUUGUUGAAACAUGAUGCUCUACAUUAUCUGUUCAGCUGGAAACAUUAUGCUAAGUCAGCUGCGAGCGCACUUUGUGUGGAAGUUGAUUCAAAGUGCACUCCCAGGGGUGGAGGGCGUGGUUUCAGAGGACGAGGCAGAUUCUAAGAUGUAGUUUUAAGUUUGCUGUUUGUUGAAACAUGAUGCUCUACAUUAUCUGUUCAGCUGGAAACAUUAUGCUAAGUCAGCUGCGAGCGCACUCUGUGUGGAAGUUGAUUCAAUAUUUGUAUGAAUGAAAUGUUGUCAAGUGUUGAGUUAA